AUGGAGACAGUUUUGUGGGUGAUACUACUGAUUGUCUUAGGAUCACAGGCACAAGCAGGCUCUCUGCAUACAUCGGGAAAUGAAAUUGUGAAGGAAAAUAGCUCUGAGUUUAAAAACACUGAUAUUCGAGAAAUUUAUGAUAGUGUUGAAGGCACUGACAGUCAUAAAGGAGUAAAUGCACAAAAUCAUCAGGAAAAAUCAAAAGGGGUAAUAGUACAGACUGAAUAUGGACCUGUGAAGGGAUAUGUUGAUUUAAUUGCUACCAAGACAGUUAAUAUUUUCAAAGGGAUUCCCUUUGCUGCACCGCCACAGCGAUUUCAGAAACCGAAACCACACAAAAAAUGGACCGGUAUCUUGGAAACUACAAAAUAUAGAGAAGCAUGCUUACAAAUAGACCUCGGAGAUGUAAUUGGGAAUGAAGACUGCCUCUAUCUAAACAUUUGGUCCCCACUAAGGAGUAAGUUAAUGUAUACUUAAAAUAAACUAUUACCAGUGAUGGUUUGGAUCUACGGAGGUGCUUUCAUUCGUGGAUCAUCUUCAUUUUCAAUCUACGAUGGAUCUCAAAUCGCUGCCCAAGGCAAAGUUGUUGUUGUGUCAUUUAACUACCGCCUGGGACCUCUGGGUUUCUUAAGUACAGGAGAUGCAAAUGCACCAGGUAAUUAUGGGCUCUGGGAUCAGCAUGAAGCCAUAGUUUGGGUAAAAAGAAACAUCAAAGCAUUUGGUGGAGACCCAAAUUAUAUCACUCUCUUUGGACAGUCGGCAGGUGCUGCAAGUGUCAAUUUGCAGAUACUGAGCCCAUACAACAAAGGUUUAAUAAAGAGAGCCAUUUCUGAGAGUGGAGUAGCGAAUAGUCCAUUUGCUUUAGUAAAUGACUCUCUGAAUUGGGCCCAAAAGAUUGCAAAGAAGGUGGACUGUUCAUACAGUGACAUUAAAUGCAUGAUAAACUGUUUAAAAACAGUUGAUGGAAAAAAUCUGACCAUGGCCAUGCCUUUCAAGAACCCACUGCGACCUACCAUACAGGCAAUAAUCUGGGCUCCUGUGAUUGAUGGUGACUUUCUUCCUGAUGAUCUUGAGAAUCUAUUCUCAAAUGCUGCUGAUGUGGACUACAUUGCUGGUGUUAAUAAUUGGGAUGGUUUUAUUUUUGCCAUGGCUGAUGUUGACACGUUGAUCUCUCCUACAAGGGAGGACUUUUACAACUUGAUUGUGAGUGUAUUCCCCGAUAAAGAUAUGAAAGCUAUAAAUAGCACAUACGAGAUAUACAGCCAGGCCAAUGGAAAUUUAAUAAAAGAUUCAGAAAUAAAACAAGCAAUUAUUGAUUUCGAAACAGAUUUCAUCUUCUUGGUUUCUACACAAGUAACUCUCAAUUUACACCAAAAAAAUGCCAGGAAUGCAAAUACAUAUAGCUAUGUUUUCUCCUAUGCAAAAUUUGUAAAAGGAGCUGUACACAGUGAGGAGUUGUUCUAUGUCUUUGGAAUACCAUUAUUUUUCCCAUGGAUACAGCUUCCGAAUAUUCGUAAACUCUCCAAGUACAUGAUUGGAUAUUGGACUAACUUUGCUCAUACUGGAAAUCCUAAUAAAGGAGGCUAUGUAGUUCCAUAUCUCUGGCAACCUUACAAUAUUAAAGAUGCAUACUAUUUGGAGAUCAACGGACCUCUCAAUAAAACAUCUGUUAAGCAACAUCUGCGUGAAGAUUUCGUGUCAUUCUGGGUGGACAUGUUCCCAAACUUGUAA